UACACAUUCUGUGACCUGGCCAAAAACAAAAGCAUACAUUUCAGACGGGCGUCCAUGACAUGCACUUUUACGCAGCUGCGCACUGCGUACGAGAGAGAGGCGCUUCCUCAUAGCAGUAGAGUGAAAGAAGAUUGUAGUCUGAAGACGUCGCGCAUGAAGUUUUAAGAUUUCGAGCUUGUGUUAUUUUCUCUUAUCAGCUGCUGGUGUCUCUUUCAGAUGCGGCGACAGUUUAUGGUGUAUUAACAACGACAGAUUAAACAAUGGAGAAUGGACAAAGCCGCCUCCGUCAGGCCCAGGAGGAUGUGGAGGAAAUCAAAGUUAUCAUGUUGGAUAACAUGAACAAGGCUGAUGAGCGUGCGGGCAAACUCGGGGAGCUUGAGGACCGAGCUGAUAAACUACUUGAACAUAGCGAAAAAUUCUCCAAGACCUCGAUUAAGGUGAAACAGAAGAAGCGUUGGGAAAAUAUGAAGUACAAAGUGAUAAUAGGAGCAGUUGUGGCUGCAGUGGUGCUUGCCAUUAUUGUGGCUGUGGCUGUGGCUGCGAGCGGUGGUGGUGGUGGUGGCAGUGAGGACAGUAAAAACACACCAAAAACAACACAAUCCCCAUGAGAUGGCUAGGAUAUAAGUUGGCACAGAAGAUGAAUGAACAUAAAUUGUAUUUGUAAUUCCUCAAAAAAACACCUUGAAAAUUACUUCUUAGUUCUCUUGUAAAAGUAAAGACAAGGACAGUUUCAUAGAUCUGUGAAUAUACAAGCUAAAUCUGUGAUGCUACUUUCUAUCAAGAUGAUGCUAAAAAAUAAUGUGGUGAGUGAUAAAAACGGUACCAUGGUCUCAUUAUUAUUUCUGCUUUCAUUUUUCAAUGGUAACACACAUAGUAUGUGGCAUUAACGAUAACAGUUUACAUGCAUUCUUGUUGGACUAAACAUAUUUUAGCCAUAUAUAUGUACAUGAUAAAUCAGUGCCAGAUGCAGGUUAAAGUGUAGCAGGGAAAAUAUGUUAGACUGUGUAGACUUUAUCAGGGAGUAGAGCAUUGGUUUUUAAUUUUGUUCUUUAAAGAAAAAACUUUCUUGAUUUUGUUUUUCAUCAGUGAAAGGUGUGUGUGUCACAAUUUCAACAUUUUUCUGUGUUUGGCUUUUCUCAUAUUAGUUACAAUAUAAUUAUUACAAUAUAAUGUAAUAUAAUUAUUACAGCCUUGGUACCCACAGCAUUACAUAUUUUGAAUGUAUCCCUUGUAUGACAGAUCAAUUUCUACAAAAGAGCUGAUGUGUUUGAUUGUGGAAACAUACAAAAUGUGCAUUAUUGGGAGAAAUCCAGGACCUGAUUUGGGGCACACAUUCUGUGACUAUGGCACAUUUUUGCUAAAACGUAUCUAAAGAUUUGAAAUGUAUUAUUAGUAGUAGUAUUACCGUAACAGCCAUAGAAAGUGAGGAGGGAAAAUCCCCUUAGAAUUCAUAUCUGUCAGGGGAUUAUUUUUGUGAAUUUUUUUCAAUGUCCACUACUUAAAAUGUUUCACUUUGGUCCCCCCCAAUCUUGAACAAUUCCAUCCUUUGCCAUUACAGUGUAAAAUCAGAUUAUUACUGUAAAAAUAGUCAUACAUUGAGAAUGUGCUGCUAAAACAGCUCUUUAUGUAUGUGUGAGUGUGCACAUAUAUAAAUAAAUGUUCCUCAUGUAAAUA